AUGUCUAAUCACAAGAGCACAAAGUCUGCCAUAAAGAACUUAGAGAUUCAAGUGGGACAGCUAGCCAAGCAAAUAACUGAGAAUUCUUCUGGAAAUUUUGGAGCUAAUACCGAGAAAAAUCUCAAGGAAGAAUGUAAAGUUGUCAUGACCCGAGGCAAGAAGGCAAUCAUAGUGGAAGAUGAAAGGAGGAAUGUGUCAGUUGGAAAAGCUCUCAUUGAUUUGGGAGCUAGUAUUAAUUUGAUGCCGCUCUCCAUGUGCAGAAGAAUUGGAGAGCUGGAAAUUAUGGCAACAAGAAUGACAUUGCAGCUGGCAAAUCGUUACAUUUCAAGGCCUUAUGGCAUGGUUGAAGAUGUUUUGGUCAAGGUGCGACAAUUCACUUUCACUGUGGACUUUGUGAUCAUGGACAUUGAAGAGGAUGCUGAAAUCCCUCUGAUUUUAGGUUGUCCCUUCAUGCUAACCGCCAAUUGUGUGGUGGAUAUAGGGAAAGGUAAUCUGGAAAUAGGAAUAGAUGAUCAGAAGAUCACAUUUGAUUUGUUUGAUGCAAAAAAACACUCACUUGACAGGAAUGUUUAUUCCAAGAUGGAUGAAGUAGAGAAUGAGAUGGUUCUGAUGGCCAGAGCCAAGCUUGCUCCAGACCCUUGA